AUGGCUGCAGUGCGGAUCCUGGUGCUGGUGAUCGCGGGGCUGGGCUUGGCCAGGGCAGGUCCCGUCCCCACUUCCAAGCCUGCCACCACCCAGAGGAGCUGCGACAUCGGCAGGUUCAAAUCUCUGUCUCCGAGUGAGCUGGAGGCCUUCAAGAAGGCCAAAGAUGCCUUGGAAAACUCGCUGGAGAACUGGACCUGCCCUUCCCCUGUCUUCCCCACAACCUGGGACCUGCGACAGCUGCAGGUGUGGGAGCGCCCCGUGGCCUUGGAGGCCGAGCUAGCUCUGACACUGAAGAUCCUGGCGAUGGUGGCUGACUCGUCCCUGGCGGACAUCCUGGACCGGCCGCUUCUCACGCUGCGUCACAUCCACUCUGAACUCCAAGCCUGUGUCCCUGCUCGGCCCACAGCAGGUCCCAGGCCCCGGGGCCGCCUCCACCAGUGGCUGCACCAGCUCCACGAGGUCCAGAAGAAGGAGUCCUGGGGCUGCCUCGAGGCCUCUGUCACAUUCAACCUCUUCCGCCUCCUCACACGGGACCUGAAUUGUGUCGCCAGCGGAGACCUGUGCCUCUGA